CUGCUGGCCACAUACACCGAGGAGUUGAGUGCGGCGGUGGGUGGGAGGAAUAGAAAAAAGAGAGAAAAGGGGGGAGCUGCCUGCCGGGAUUGAUGCGUCCGGAGUUGGGGACGCCUUUGCAAACAGCGGGCAAGGCCGGCCGACAAGCGAGCGGGAGAAAGCACGGAGCGGAGCGGCCGUCGCAGCCGGGGCUGCUUUUGUUCCGUCGAGCGGACUCCCGCGUUUGUGCAGCCGCCCCUUCGGAUCGCCGCCUUUGGGUGCCCUGUUUGUGAUGGCCGAUCACAUGAUGAUGCCAAUGAGCCAUGGCAUGAAUGGGAUGCAGAACUAUCGGAUAAGCAUGAAUGGGAUGCAAGCGCCGCCACAACACGGACAGCUAAGGACGCUUCCUCCCAACCACCAGAUGAUACAGUAUGGAGGCCCUGCUAUGGAUGGAGGAAUGAGGCAGAGGCCGGGCAUUAAUGGACAGAUGGGUCACCACCAGAUGCCAAACACAGUGAUGUUCAACAACCCAAAUCAACAGCAACAGUACAUGGGGCCUGUGGGCACCCAGCAACUUAUGGCAAGUAUGCACUUGCAGAAACUCAACACUCAGUACCAGGGCCAUCCUCUCCUAGGCAUGACAGCUGGCCCAGUUGGACCAGGUGUGCAGCAAUACAGGAUGGGCCCAGGACAGCACGCAGGCAUGCAGCAUCUGCCCUCCCCUGCUUUGACCUUGAAUGUUAUGGACACGGAUCUUAUUGACGAGGAGGUCUUGACGGGUUUGGUUCUGGAGCUGGGCUUGGACCGCAUUCAGGAGCUGCCCGAACUCUUUCUGGGACAAAAUGAGUUUGACUUCUUCUCGGACUUUGUUAACAAACAGCAGCCCAGCGCAAUCAGCUGCUGAGCAGCUCUGCCUUCGGGAAGCAGGCCUGUUUUUCUUGUGGCCUGACUGAUACACGCCUGCCUCCAGCAUUCUCGUUUUCUCCUGUAGAUACGUUUCCCAGAUCAUCCUUUGCUUGUUGCUUGAAAAAAAAUAGACAAUCACCAGAGGCUUUUUUUUAACUCCCCCCCCACCCCUUGCACUGCCUUGCUGCUUUCUCACAAGGGAGAGUGGCUUUUUCUUGGGCUGUUCACAGAGAAAGAGAGAGAGAGAGAGGUUGAACAGCUUCUGCAGAUGGGAAAUGAAUAGCAGUUAUAGAACUUCAGCCAUUCAGGAAAAAAGGAAAGCCUGCCCCUUCAAAACCUAUUCUGCAUUUGGACUAUAAACACAAUAAAGAUGGGUGGGUUUCAAACAGGCUGGGAUCUGCUCUGCUGUAUCGUUCUCUAAUGGCAGAACAAGCUGUUUCCAUAAACCCCUCCUUUAGAGGGUAGCAGUGAUGGAUUUUUAACCUUUUUCCUGAAACGUAAAUGGCUGGGAGAUACUUCACUGUUUCUCCUGCCUUGUUGCCCUUCAGUACUAUGAAUUUUGCAACCAUCUCUUUUUUUUUUUUACUUGAAAAUAUCACUGGCCUCAGGUUGGGGUUUUUGGAUCUGGUGUUCUCUCUCUCUCCCCCCCCCCCCCCUGUAAUUGCAUUCCUUUGUUUUGUAUUGAGCUAGCAGGAGUUUCUGGGGGGAUAGCUGGCACAUGUGUCCAAAUGACAAAUCUUCAAGGUAAGGUCACUUCUGAUGGGGAAGACCAACUGAUUAGCAUUUCUUGUUAGGCUGCUACGAACAUGAGCUGUAAGCUGCUCUCUAGCUUUUUCUGCCUCUGAAACCAAAUAAAAUAACUGUAAUUGUGUAUAUUUUUUUAAUUUUUCAAAGGGAAAAAAACCUUUGUUGUAUUUCUAUUUAUUUGGAAGGGCUCAAACUAUGUUGCCUUCUGAAAUUACUGAGAAGGGCUAAAGACAGUGAAGUGCGUGUCCCUCCAUAUUUUUAUCUCUAAAGAGCAAGAAUAUUUUGUUUGAAUGAAAAAAAAAUAGCUUGAAUUAAAAAAUUAGCUUGAUUUUGUUUUUAAGUUUUGUUUUUGUUUCAAAAAAUGGUGUGGAUAGCAAUUUUAUUUUUAUUUUCAAAUUCAGAAAGUUUAGUAGAGUGGAGAUUUGCUAAGGCCCCUUCUGUUUGCAGGCACACAUCACUGUUGAUUAAUGAAGUGGAAAUGUACAGGUGAUUUUGUUUUUCUCCAAAUAAAAGCUAAACCCUCAGAUUUAA